GGGGUGGGGGUUAUGACUAUGCCCUACCCCCGAAUCCGCCACUCGUAUUAGGAAGUCUACAGGACUUCUAUUCCUGAUAGAAACUGUAAACUUCAUGCAUCGUAUACUUCUGUACGUACGUUCGAGAAAGAAAACGCGUUUGGAUUUUUAGUUUCUUUAUUGUUAUUCAUAAAUUUACAGAGUCUUUCACGAUUCUUACGAUCCAAAAGCACGUUGCAGGUUGCCGACCUGCGACCGACCCAGGAGGACCAUUCACCGCUGAUCGCCAAUAGUCACACAAUGGGCCGCAGUGGACGCGUUUGGGAAUUUGUUAAUAGAAAUUUAGUUACUAUUGUUAUGGUUCCGUCGAUAAUAUUAAUACAUUGGGGUUGGACUAAACUUCAAGAUGUUGAAACUCUCGUUUCUAAAGAAGAGAGGGUAGAUUUGCCAAUUGUGAUCGGUUUCCGGAGGCUGUUCGAAAAGGUGCUUGGAGAGAAUAAUGGUAAAAAUGCUCAAAAAGAAGAUUAAUGUUUAGUUCCUGUUAGUUAUACAUUGAGGUUAGUGGUUUCGGUUUGUUCAGAGGAGAAAAAUAAUUGUAACGAACAUUCCAAAGCAGUGUUAUAGAAAUGGAAGAUAAAUUGGAAACUGUUGUCCAAGAACUUCAAAGUACAGAAUUUCUCAAUAUUGUGAGGACUUUCCUCGAAUUUUUAAAAUCAUGUUUCGGACCCAGGGGAGGUAUUAAAAUUUUGGUGUCAAGUGGAGGAAUUUCUUUUGUAUCAUCUUCAUCCUCCAGAGUGUUGAAUAACCACAUUAUUUCUCAUCCUUUGUGUACCUUUGUGUCACAAGUAAUGAACUCACAAACAAUGAUGUUUGGUGAUAAUGGUUUAUAUACAGGUAUAUUGACAAUGAGUUUGUUAGAAAGAUCUUUGAAAGAGAGUGAAAUAACUCAAUCUCAAACCCAACAUUUAAUUCAAGGUCUUUCAUCACAAAUUCAUUCUCUUCUUGAGAUGAAUAGCAUUAAGUUAAAAUUGGACUUCAGUACUGUAACACAAUUUCUUCCCAUUGUUAAAGCAAUUUUGUCCUCAAAACCAAGUUGUGGAUUAAACAACAAAGAACUUGAAAAACUAUCUGUGCAAAUUAUAAAGGUUUUUCUGAAUACCAUCAAUGAUGAUUUUGGGGAUAUUAUGAUAAUGAAUGUAAAUGAUCUUCAAGAAACUACAGUUUUAAAUGGUAUUUUAUAUCAAAUUGAUAUUGAAGAAAAAUUUGUGCAAGAUUUUGUUGAGGUUGUGACAGACAAGUUGCAGAAGAAAAUUCCAUUGCUUUUAUUUGACAUUAUGCUUACUGAUACAAAGAAUGAAUUGGAAGAAGUUACUGAAGAAGGUUGUACUCUUUUGAAAGAAGCAGUUUUUGUUUUUGAAUAUGCUGUGAAAAUUGGUGUUAAAAUAAUAGCUUGCCAGAAAGUUGUACAUCAAUCUUUGCGACUUUUACUUCAAAGGAAUGGUAUAUUACUAAUGGACAGACUUGGUAGUGAGUUGUGUGGAACUGUUGAGAAAAUGUCUGGUGCAAAGCCAAUAUCUUCUCUUAAAAACACCACUGUGAAGACUUUAAGGUCUUGCUUAGGCUCUGUGGAUUCUGUGAAAUUUAUUAGAUUUGGAAGCAAGCCCUUUGUAGUUCUGGAAAAAAACAGUACCAACACUGCUUCUUUGCUUUUAUGUUGUUCCAAUGAAGAAGCUUUUGUUGAACUGAAACUUAUUACCAGACAGGCUUUAAAAGCUUUGCGACAGGUGACAUGCCAACCGUUUGUGUUACCAGGUGCUGGAUGUUUGGAAAUGUGGUUAGCAACUCAACUGAGAGUGCAGGACACAAGUGACCCUGCCAAAAUAGUUCUUGAAAAAGCAGCUAUUGGCUGGCUGCAGAAGUCAUUUAUAACCAUAAGUGCAUUGUUGGAGACUUCUGACAAAUGCAUGGCUGCAGAUACAGCAUAUUGCCACAACUGGAAUAGUUGGGAUCCAGAUCUCUCAAGUUCAUGCCGUUGUGGUCUUGUCAAAGCUGUUGAUGUCAAAGCUGCUGGUGGAUCAUGGGUACAACCCAACCAAUUCUCCAUUAAUGACCUAUUAUUUCCAUUACCAAAUCAAUUUAAUAAACAUCCUCUUCAUCCUAAUCGAAUUCAUGAGGCUGCUGUUGUUGAUGUACAUAUUAGUAAACGUAAUGCUAUAAAAUUGGCCUUGGAGACAUGUGUAAAUAUAUUAAGCAUUGGUUUUGUAGUGUACAAGUCGCCAAUUAAUUUUUAAAUAAAAGUAAUUUGUAAAUAUUUACCCUUUUGAAAUUUCAUUGCCAACUUUAGUGGAGGUUAUGUAUGUUUUUUAUAUAUUUUUCUGUCCAUUCUGUGAAGAGGGUGGGUAAAAUAAGGAUGGGUCAAAAACUUCAGAAGAGAGGGUAUGGCUGAUUGUGAAAAUAAAAAAAAAAUAAUCUGUUUUUGAUUUGGAAUUGUUGGUUACUUAUUAAAACAUGAGGAAAAUGGAACUUCACAUUCUAAUAAGUAUUGAGUGUUUGCUAGUUGGAAGUUUAGAUCACUCUAUGUACACUUAGAGAAACAAGUGGGGAUGUAUCAAGUAUUGAAUUUCUUAUACAUCAACAAGGAGAAAGAAAGUAAUAAAUUAUAUUCACUGUUCUAUACAUACACUGCAUGAAUGUAUUACUUGAGACAUCCCAAAACAAACCCAUCUUAACCUUUGCUUUCCUAUAGGUUUCCUAGCAUUUCCGAGAACCAAAACAGAAAUGGUCCUUUGCUUCUGAUCAAUGCAAAUGAAGUCCCUCAUUUCCAAAAGAUUUAGGCUAUGUAAAUUGUUUAUGAAUGUAAUAAUAGUUAUUUAUGACAUAAGUAUCAUAAGACAUCUUAUUACAAUAUGAGUGGAGAAUUAUCAAUUGAGGCCAUUACACUGAGAUUGAUAACUAAUCGUGUGUUAUAAUAAGAUGUUACAAAAAGAAAAUCAUACAAUUGUUUAGCCACAUUGUAAAUAUUCCAAAGUGCUAUAAUUUUCGUUUAAAUUUGACUACUUGUCCUGUGAAAAGCGACAGACUGAUGAUAACAGAAAUAGAUGAUAGAUUAUUAGAAUAUUUUUGUUCUAAUAAUCUAUUACCAAACACAGUUUUGUUCUAAUAUUACUUCCUGUGACACUGACUAUAAUUGUUAACAGUGGGCUAAGUAAGUGCUCUCACAACUCUCUUUUUGACACUCAUCUCAGUCUUGAAAAAUUUGACUUUAGAGGAUGAUAUUUAUAAAUUAUUAUUAAUCAAUAAUUAUUAUUAUAUCAUCAUUGUUAUAAUUAUCUUCAUCAUCAAGUGCAACUUUCAUCUCCAUCAUAAUUAGAGUUGAAAAUAGUCAUGAAAAUCCAUCACCAAGUUGUGCCUAGCAGGAGUUUGGCAACUAUGAAUGAUUAAAGACAGGAGAGUUGUAUGAACGGUUGCAAAGGAGUAUUCUUGUUACAUUGAGUCAGAAAAUGCUAUUCAAUUGCCUUCAGUGCAAGUGCAUGCCUGCCAGUCGCAUAAACAUGUUAUGUGGUUUAGCCUGGCCAACAAUUCAACUGUGGGCUACUUAAUGCAUUUCAAAAUUACAGUGGAUAUAACAUACAAUGUUUCUAUCCUGAAAAGGUUUUAGUUAUUAUUUAAUCAGCUAGUAAAACUUUUAGUAAUUACAUAAAUAAAAAACAUUACAGUUAUCUAAACAUACCCUAAAAAGCCAAAGAUUUAAAUUUUUCGGUAUUCAGUUAAUGUAUGACAUUACGUUUUUGGAAGUUAAAUGGUGGGCCAAAGUUUUUGGAAUGGGCCAACUGGUAGUUUUUCUGAUCUUUGUGUGUGUUCUGUGGCGUCCAUCUAGGAGUGCUAAUACAAGUUAAAACCAACGUUGUCCUGAUUUGGAGAUAAAGAAGACUUUCUAGCUGUCUCGGUCGGCUUGCAUGUAGCAAUUUCAUUUGAUAACAUUGUGUUCUACGGUCAUGCCGGUGCAGCGAAUGAAGCCUUUUUCAUUUUGAAUUGCGCGCUGAGCUGACUGCGUCAUUGUAAAAUUCCAAUUCGUUCAUUUCGAGCAGAGUGGCAUUGCGUUUCGUAGUAAUUCAUAUUAGUGUGUGCCUUAUAACCUUAAUUGCGUGAUGACGUGUUUCACAUUCUUUACCAACGUAAGAAAUCGCUUUGUUGACACCGAUAUCUAUACUUAUUUCUACUGCUGAUUAUGUUUAGAUCUUAAUAUUUUUAUGACCAUCAUGAAAAGCUAAAAGCUAACUGACAAAUAAUACUGCAUAAUUACUUCGAAUAUUUUUAAGGAAGUGUUGUGAAUUGUUCGAAGAAAUCUGCCGAUAAUACUGAAUAAAACUUUUUUGAAGAUUUCGUUUCAAUAUCAAUUGCAUGGUUUUUUAUUUUAAUUUUAUAUUGUGUUAGUACAUUGGAAGUUACCUUUAUACAUUUUUAAACAAAUACAUUUCGUUCACAACUUUCCUUCACA